GUAACAGAAGAAUAUCUCUUUCCUUAAGCAAAACGCUACCGUUUUCUGUCUCCCCCCACCCUUCUCUCUGUCGUCCGUUAACUCGUCAGUCGUCCCUAAAUCUUGAUUUUGGAACAUCUUUUCUCUCUCCCCCACGACCUCACUCUUGUUUAGGUCAAUGCAAACCCUAAUACUCCUGCUAUCAAUUACAAUGACGAUCGCUUCUUCCCAGGUAGCAGUAAUGCACUGCAGUUAGAUGCCGGACAAUACGGAUUGUCUUCCUGACUUUAUUGGUUUGACUUGGAGAAGUUGCACUAUUUUAAGUAAUUGGAUUUGUGGCUUAAUUUCAAGGCAUUGCAAAGACCUGCUUGGCUUCCCUUUAAAGAAUUCUUUUACUAACUUUGUUGAAGAAGGGACAAUUAAUUUGUUGAGAAGGAAGACACUCCAAUCAACUUUGGUAUCUACGAUGGAACCUAUAGAUAUCAGUUCUGAUAGUGAUGUGGUGAUAGAAGAUGAUGAAGACUUUGAGUUUGAAACAUCACCUGUGAGAAGACCCACUGAUUCUAGGAUUCUUCCACCUUGGGCUGCCAUAGCUACCACAGACUCUAGAAGUUCAGGUUAUGGUAGGCAAACUCAAAGAGACACUUCUCCGAAAAGACCAUAUUCUUCUAAUGGGAGCUCAUCAAAUUGGCAUUCUUCUAAUGGGGGCUCAUCAAAUUGGCAUACUUCCCAAGCAGAUGAUUCUCUGUAUGCUAUAGGGAAUGGGAAUGCGGGUCUUCCCCGGACUGUUAAUUCGCGAAUUGCUAAUGUUUAUGGUACAGAUUAUGAGAAACUUUCAUCUCAGCAGGCUUUGAAGAGGACUCUUCCAUCUUCUCUUCAUCGAUCUCCAAUCAGUAGUAUAUCGAACAGCUUAGUAGAGGGUGUUAGCAGCAGCCAAACUCGUGAUAUCUAUGGAAACGCAUACCAUCCAGCGGGGCCGAGUUCAAGUCAUAGCAAGGGCUUUGGCAGGGGCAAUUAUGAAGAGGCUAUAACGUAUGUAAGCAAUGGAAGUAGGACACUACCUCCAUCUUUGAUGCGUGGAAAGUCUACUCCGUCUGCACAAUUUGGUUUAAGGGACCCUGCAUUUCAUCCCAUGGCUGGUGAAGAAGGAGUUGCUGGGAGUGAUGAGAGAUUGAUUUAUCAAGCAGCAUUGGAGGAUCUCAAUCAACCAAAAGUUGAAGCUACUCUACCUGAUGGUCUGUUGUCUGUGCCUCUUCUAAGACACCAGAAGAUUGCAUUGGCAUGGAUGCUUCAGAAGGAAACAAGAAGUUUGCAUUGUCUAGGGGGAAUUCUAGCUGAUGAUCAGGGCCUUGGUAAAACUGUCUCAAUGAUUGCUCUUAUACAAAUGCAAAAGUUUUUGCAAUUAAAAUCAAAAUCAGAAGAUCAAGCCAAUAAAAAAUCUGAAGCAUUAAAUUUAGAUGAUGAUGAUGAAAGUGGUCGUCCUGGUCUCAAUGAAGUGAAGCAGGUUGGAGAAUAUGAUGAUACUACAUCAGUUCCAGAAGCUAGUAAUUCCACACGGGUGUUUAAGAGAAAGAGGCUAGCUGCUGGAACUCUGGUUGUGUGUCCAGCGAGUAUUCUCCGGCAAUGGGCAGGGGAAUUGGAUGACAAAGUUGCAGAUGAAGCUAAACUUACUUGCCUUAUUUAUCAUGGAGGCAGCCGGACAAAGGAUCCUGCUGAAUUGGCCAAGUAUGAUGUGGUUUUGACAACUUACUCCAUUAUAACUAAUGAAGUCCCAAAGCAACCUUUAGUCAAUGAGGAUGAGGCAGACGAAAAGGAUGGAGAGAAGUGUGGAUUGUCUUCUGAAUUUUCAAUUAAUAAGAAGAUGAAGAAGACAACUACCGUGAGUAAGAAGAGAAAGAAGGGUAGGAAGGGAAUAGAUUGUUCCUCAAAUGAUUAUGAUAGCGGUCCACUUGCUAGGGUGGGUUGGUCCAGGGUGAUACUAGAUGAAGCCCAAACGAUAAAAAAUCAUCGGACACAAGUUGCUAGAGCCUGUUGCAGCCUUCGCGCCAAAACAAGGUGGUGCUUAUCUGGAACACCUAUCCAAAAUGCAAUUGAUGAUUUAUAUAGCUACUUCAGAUUUCUGAGAUAUGAUCCUUAUGCCGUGUAUAAAUCUUUUUACACCACAAUAAAGGUCCCGAUAUCUAGAAAUGCAAUUCAAGGUUACAAGAAGCUACAAGCAGUUCUUAGGGCAGUAAUGCUGCGUCGUACAAAAGGAACACUGAUUGAUGGGGAGCCCAUAGUUAAAUUACCCCCUAAAUCAACUUGCUUGACAAAGGUAAACUUUUCAACUGAGGAGCGGGCUUUUUAUACCCGGCUAGAAGCUGAUUCACGUUCUAAGUUCAAGGCCUAUGCUGCUGCUGGCACAGUGAACCAAAACUAUGCAAACAUUCUUUUGAUGCUUUUGCGACUUCGUCAGGCUUGUGACCACCCUCUUCUUGUCAAAGGUUUAAAUUCCGACUCUUUUGGAAAAGAUUCUGCUGAAAUGGCAAAGAGAUUACCCAAUGAUAUGGUGAUUAAUCUACUGAGUUGCUUGGCAACUUCCUCUGCCAUCUGUCGUGCAUGCAAUGAUCCACCUGAGGACCCUGUUGUUACUAUGUGUGACCAUGUGUUCUGCUAUCAAUGUGUAUCCGAGUACUUGACUGGGGAUGAUAAUAUGUGCCCUGCUCGUGGCUGUAAAGAACUACUCGGUCCUGAUGUUGUUUUUUCUGAAGCUACACUUAGAAGUUGUAUGUCUGAUAAUCUUGAUGCUGGUCCUAAGCGUCCUGAAUUUGAUGAAAGAGCAAUGGUCCUGCAGAAUGAAUAUAGCUCAUCAAAAAUCAGAGCUGUGCUGGAGAUUCUCCAGUCUCAUUGUCAAGUGAAGAGUCCAAGCCCAGAACUAGGUGGUGCCACAGAAUAUAAUGGAUCUUCAACAGCUCCAUCAAGCUUAGUAAUAAAAUCAAUUAUUUUCUCUCAGUGGACUAGCAUGUUGGACUUGGUUGAGUUUUCACUGAAUCAGCAUUGUAUACAGUAUAGAAGGCUUGAUGGCACAAUGACUUUGGGUGCAAGAGACAGGGCUGUUAAAGAUUUCAACACUGAUCCUGAGGUGACUGUGAUGUUAAUGUCACUAAAGGCAGGAAAUCUUGGGUUGAACAUGGUUGCUGCAUGUCAUGUUAUUCUUCUAGAUCUUUGGUGGAACCCUACCACUGAAGAUCAGGCUGUUGAUCGAGCACAUAGAAUUGGCCAGACUCGUCCUGUUACUGUAACCCGACUCACAAUUAAAGACACAGUGGAGGAUAGAAUAUUGGCUCUCCAGGAAGAGAAGAGAAGAAUGGUUGCAUCUGCAUUUGGUGAAGAUGCAAGUGGGGGCUCAGCUACUCGCCUGACAGUUGAAGACCUUAAGUAUCUAUUUAUGGGACGCAGUGCUCCAUAAGUUUAGUGUCCACAGGAUGAUCGAGUUUAUGUAGGAGAAAAGCUUGAGGAAGUAAAACAUGAAUUUUGACUGAGGGGAUGGAUGGCUGCACUUGUAGGGCCUGCCUGGGUUGUGGUCGAUUAGGAAUCAUGGGGGGUUGGUAUAUCUUUGGGUGGUAAUUGUUUAAUUUGUGUUUCUUGGAGGCCCAAAAAAAGGCAAUUUUUGUUUUCAACAAGUGCAGAGGAAAUCAAGCUGAAGUCACCUGUAAAUAUGCUUUUAACUGUUCUCUAGCAUAUAUGAAAAGCAGUUAGUUUCUGUAGUAAAUGUUUCUUGGUAGUAAUGUGCAUAAAAAAACUGUAUGCUUCAAUUUUGAUGUUUGGUGGAGAAAGAGAAUGAAAGCAAGCUGCUGCUGCUGCAUAUGUUGUGGGCAGUGUUUCCAUCUGCAGGAAAUGGGUGUGGAGUCUGUAGGGCUAGGUAUAUUUUGACUUCAAAUCUUUUUAGUUUAUGUAAUAUAGUGAAGGAAUUUGUCCUUAUUUUGGUAAAAAGAAGAAGAGGGAAAUGAAGAGACAAAUUCUUUUGGUCGGUGAAAGUGGAUACGUUUUGAUCAAACUGAGGAGAUGAUAUUCAUUGAUUUGUUCACUUUUUGGCCCAAUGGGAAAAGGAGCAGCUGGCUGAAUCUAUUAUAUCAUGCAGUGUAUUAUUAGUACAGUUGGGGUUGUACAAAUCAAACACUAAUAAAAUAAUUGUAGGGUUAGGGUGAAAGAAUCCAAGAAUGUGCAAACUGGAACAGAUUUCAUAUUUAA